AUGACAUCAACGCCCUCUUCCUCCGCGGGCCCGUCCUCUCUCGCGCCCUCUGCGCCCAUACAAUCCCCCGCAACGCUGUCCUCAUCAACAUCACAAGAUGUCUCUUCAUCUGCGACAACAGUGACGCCAGAAGAAGCAGAAGCGCUUCCCUCGCCCGCGCCGCCGCCUGUGCCAGACCCCGCGCGCCCUUCUUCCCCCGCGCCCAAGCCGACCAGCAGGUUCUUGAGCCCGGAGAUUACCAGCUACUUUAUUGCGGGUGGUAUUGCGGGCGCUGCGAGUCGGACGGUCGUUAGUCCGCUGGAGAGGUUGAAGAUCAUUCAACAGGUUCAGCAACGGGGUAGCGCAGCUGCGUAUGAGGGCGUAGCAGCCUCUCUAGCGCGGAUGUGGCGAGAAGAAGGCUUCGCAGGUUUCAUGCGCGGCAACGGCAUAAACUGCGUGCGCAUCAUACCUUACAGUGCCGUGCAGUUCACCACCUACGAGCAACUCAAGAAGUUAUUCACGAAUAACGGCACGCGACAGCUGGAUACCCCUACGCGUCUAGCAGCCGGCGCACUAGCGGGCAUAACGAGCGUAUCCACCACCUACCCCCUCGACCUCAUCCGCUCCCGCCUCUCAAUCGCAACCGCAUCCCUCAACGCGCACGUCCCGGCACCCUCAAUAACGCCCACAGCCUCCGCCGCCCUAUCCUCCUCGCCCCCGCCAAAACCCAAACCCCAAUACACCGCCGCCGAACUCACGAUGUGGGGUAUGGGCGUGAAAGUGUUCAGGGAAGAGGGCGGCGUACGAGCGCUAUAUCGCGGCAUCGUCGCAACGGCUGCGGGCGUCGCGCCGUACGUGGGCAUCAACUUUGCGGCGUACGAGGCGCUGCGAGGGUACAUCACGCCGCCGGGGAAGCAGAGCGCGUGGCGGAAGCUGGCGUGUGGCGCGUUGGCGGGAAGCAUCUCGCAAACGCUGACGUACCCGUUCGACGUGCUGCGGCGAAAGAUGCAGGUGACGGGCAUGCGCAACGGCGGGAUGCAGCAGUACGACGGUGCGCUGAGCGCUGCGAGGCAUAUCGUGCGUACGGAAGGGCUCGCGGGGAUGUAUCGUGGCUUGUGGCCGAACCUGCUCAAAGUGGCGCCGAGCAUCGCGACGAGCUUUUUCACGUACGAGCUGGCGAAGGACUUUUUGGUGGGAAGGAACGCGUAG